CGUGCCGACCACACGUGUUCGCCGACCGAGGCUUCCUCCGCACCGGAACCGAACGGAUUUCGCGCGCCGCAAACGGGACAUCCGACCGUCUCUCCGAUUCGGCGGCACCUAUCGUUUCCGGUCUCUUCUGUCGAUCGAUAAAUCCCCGGAAAUUCCGUCGGCCGAGUGUUGUCGUCGUUUUCGCGCGGCGAAUAAAAUAAAUCCGAAACCGUCUCGCCGCCACUCGACACGAACUGACGACGCGUCUCCUCCCGCGCGUCGUCCGUUGUUUAUGAACGAUCGCCGAGCGUGGCAAUAGGAACGGACCGACGGAGGCGCGUGCCGGCCCACGACGAACGUCGACCAUGCGUACCGCCGCGCUGACCGCGGUCGCGAUGUUGGCCUGCUGCCGGCCGCCGCUACCGGCCGUACGGGCCGCGUGCCUGCACACGGCCAGAGACCUGCAGGCCCAGGCCCGCGCCUCCGAGGUGGUGGUCAAGGCGCUGGCCAUGCGUGUGUGGCCGGAACCGAACGGGUUGGUGGGCGGCCACUUUGCCGUCAUGGCCGUCUACAAGGGCGCCAGGGCCGUGAAAAACGUAUUGCGCGUCGGCGGCGCCGACUUGUUUAACAUGCACGACAAAAGAAUGAACGUGACGGGAUUUCAAAACGAUUUAUCGGAUGAUGGGCACAGGGCAUGCGGAGCCACAUUGACUGUGGGUACGUAUUAUGUGCUAUUUGCAGACGUCGUGCACGGCCGAUUUGUAGCCAAAGACAGACAAGGCGCAUUGGUUGAGUGGACAGACGGCAACGAAAGAGCCGUAUGGCACGGACUUGGAUGGAGUGAUUGGAGUGAUUGGUCGGCAUGUAACGUAUCAUGUGACACUGGCUUGCAGUAUCGGUUUCGACGUUGUCUGAAGUGCGGGCAAGGGCAUAACAAAGAAAUGCGAAAGUGCAACGACUUUUCAUGUGACGGGGUUACGGAACUAGUUGCGCCGGGUGACCACGUUCGUACCAUCGGUGGUAAGCUAAACGGUAGCGAAAAUGGGUUUAGUCUUCUUAACACAGUCGGCUUCUCGAACUCGUUUUCACUGCUGAUCACGCUGAGAGUACAACCAAAAGUGGACUUUGGUACUGUUUUUCGUUUGUCUUCAUCUGCAGAACCAUUGAAAGUCAUAACACUUGAAGUCAGUGGUCCAGAUCUAUUACGUGUUUCUGUAAACACGAGGCAGUCGAAUAGGUCAGUGUUGAUCGCUGCAGUUUUAGCCGAUGGGAUUACUCAUCAGCUAGGGUUGGGAUUUCAAGAAGAUGAAAUCAUAGCGUAUUUGGACUGCAGAUGGGUUACGACUGAAACGCUUAUGCAAAAUUCAUAUGCCUCGUCUCCAGAAUAUUAUGACAUGGACGUCUUCGAGGAAUCGUUAACGGCGGAUUUGGUGCAAAUGAUCGUCGUGCCGGACCCAACAGCCGUUUCAGACCAAUGCACCGUGUUUCGGAUAGCCGUGCUGGACACGGAGAUUGUCAAAACCAAAAUAAGAGAUAAAUCUCAGCGUAGAACCAAUGGACUUAUUAACGGUGAACACGAAAUUAAAAGAACUAUUUCCAAACAUUUGGAGUCCGUUUAAUAUAGAUCCAAAGAUGGACCUCGACCGGAGACUGAACAAUGAAUAUGUCGACGUAUCAACACAAGCGUGUAUACAUAAUUACAAAUAUUACUACAGUUCAAUAAUACGCAUAAUAUGUUGGUGUUAAAAAAAAAUAAAAAAAUAUUUGAUAAAUAUAAAUAUAAUCAUGAACAUUAUUGUUCGAAAUUUUCGGAACUAUAGGUGUGCACAUAAUAAAACGUACGAUUAUGUCAAUGUAAAAUAAAUUAAUAUUAAUAAUAUAAUAUUGUAAUAAUCGAAGGUUUUUUUUUAUACAAAUUGAAAUCCUCAUCGGAACACAACGGAGUCAAAUACCGACGCGAUUUAAUCUUUAAAUAAUAAUUGUAGUAAUGAUAGUAAAAAGAAAAAUAUUUAUUUGAUGUUUGUACAUAAA